GUGCACGCGCUCGAAGACUCCAACUCUCGCGAGAGAAGCGAGAUUUAUUCCUACGUACCGGGCCGUGCUGCUUAUGGCGGCGCUGGAGAGGGGGCGCUGAGCUGUUGGGUAUGAAGUGUAACAGAACAGACUUUACCACCUGAAACUGCUGCUUCAAGUUCAGAUCAGGCAAGGAACAAACCUCGUAACCACCAACAAGACCAAAGAAGAAGAGUACACCUAAGUUGAAGACACAACACUUGAUCUGAAACAAGAAGUUUGUGCCUACUCAACAGCUUUGAAAGAGCACUUCCCAACGCUGCUAGUAGUCUUUGUUUUCUUCAGUGCUGUGCUGUGAGAUUGCCCGGUGCAGCAGCAGUUGUAUUCGUUAUUAGCUUGGUAGAUCAUUUUCUCUCGCUCUUUUUUAAUACUAGCAACUUUCAUCCUUUGAAACUUGUGCUGAAAAAGGAAGAAUCAGCAGAUACUGAAAGUGCAAUAUUUGAUUAUCACUGCGAGAUGAGCUUUGAUCCAAACCUUCUCCACAACAAUGGACACAAUGGGUACCCCAAUGGUACUUCAGCAGCACUGCGCGAAACGGGGGUUAUUGAAAAACUGUUAACCUCUUAUGGAUUUAUUCAGUGUUCAGAACGUCAAGCUAGACUUUUCUUCCACUGUUCACAAUAUAAUGGCAACCUGCAGGACCUAAAAGUAGGAGAUGAUGUUGAAUUUGAAGUAUCGUCUGACCGGCGGACUGGGAAACCCAUUGCUAUUAAACUGGUGAAGAUAAAACCAGAAAGCCACCCUGAAGAACGAAUGAAUGGACAAGUUGUGUGCGCUGUUCCUCACAACUUAGAGAGUAAAUCUCCAGCUGCCCCGGGUCAGAGUCCAACAGGGAGUGUAUGCUACGAACGUAAUGGGGAGGUGUUCUACCUAACCUACACCCCUGAAGAUGUUGACGGGAAUGUUCAGCUGGAGACAGGAGAUAAAAUAAACUUCGUAAUUGAUAACAAUAAACACACUGGUGCUGUAAGUGCUCGAAACAUUAUGCUGUUGAAAAAGAAACAAGCCCGUUGUCAGGGAGUAGUUUGUGCCAUGAAGGAGGCAUUUGGCUUUAUUGAAAGAGGUGAUGUUGUAAAAGAGAUAUUCUUUCACUAUAGUGAAUUUAAAGGUGACCUAGAAACCUUACAGCCUGGAGAUGAUGUGGAAUUCACAAUCAAGGACAGAAAUGGUAAAGAAGUUGCUACAGAUGUCAGACUAUUGCCUCAAGGAACAGUCAUUUUUGAAGACAUCAGUAUUGAACAUUUUGAAGGAACUGUAACCAAAGUUAUCCCAAAAGUACCCAGUAAAAACCAGAAUGACCCAUUGCCAGGACGAAUCAAAGUUGACUUUGUGAUUCCUAAAGAACUUCCUUUUGGGGACAAAGAUACAAAAUCCAAGGUGACUCUGCUGGAAGGUGACCACGUCAGGUUUAAUAUUUCAACAGACCGACGUGACAAAUUAGAACGAGCAACCAACAUAGAAGUUCUUUCAAAUACAUUUCAAUUCACUAAUGAAGCCAGAGAAAUGGGUGUGAUUGCUGCCAUGCGAGAUGGUUUUGGCUUCAUCAAGUGUGUGGACCGUGAUGCUCGUAUGUUCUUCCACUUCAGUGAGAUUCUAGAUGGAAACCAGCUCCAUAUUGCAGAUGAAGUCGAGUUUACUGUGGUUCCUGAUAUGCUCUCUGCCCAAAGAAAUCAUGCUGUUAGGAUUAAAAAACUUCCCAAGGGCACGGUUUCAUUCCAUUCCCAUUCAGAUCAUCGGUGUCUGGGCACUGUAGAAAAAGAAGCCACUUUUUCCAAUCCAAAAACCACUAGCCCAAAUAAAGGCAAAGAGAAGGAGGCUGAGGAUGGCAUCAUUGCUUAUGAUGACUGUGGGGUAAGGCUGACCAUUGCUUUCCAAGCCAAGGAUGUGGAAGGAUCCACCUCUCCUCAAGUAGGAGAUAAGGUUGAAUUUAGUAUUAGUGACAAACAGAGGCCUGGACAGCAGAUUGCAACUUGUGUGCGACUUCUGGGUCGUAAUUCUAGCUCCAAAAGGCUCUUGGGUUAUGUGGCAACUCUGAAAGAUAAUUUUGGAUUCAUUGAAACAGCCAAUCAUGAUAAGGAGAUCUUUUUCCAUUACAGUGAAUUCUCUGGUGAUGUCGAUAGCCUGGAACUGGGGGACAUGGUUGAAUACAGCUUGUCCAAAGGCAAAGGCAACAAAGUCAGUGCUGAGAAAGUAAACAAAACUCACUCAGUGAACGGCAUUACUGAGGAGGCCGACCCUACCGUCUACUCUGGUAAAGUCAUCCGCCCCCUGAGGGGGGUUGACCCCACGCAGAUUGAAUACCAAGGGAUGAUUGAGGUUGUGGAGGAGGGAGACAUGAAAGGUGAGGUCUAUCCAUUUGGCAUAGUUGGGAUGGCCAACAAAGGGGACUGCCUGCAGAAAGGGGAGAGUGUCAAGUUCCAGUUGUGUGUUCUGGGCCAGAAUGCUCAGACUAUGGCCUACAAUAUCACACCACUGCGUAGGGCCACCGUGGAGUGUGUGAAAGAUCAGUUUGGCUUCAUUAACUAUGAAGUAGGAGAUAGUAAGAAGCUCUUUUUUCAUGUGAAAGAAGUUCAGGAUGGCAUUGAGCUACAGGCAGGAGACGAGGUGGAGUUCUCAGUGAUUCUGAACCAGCGCACCGGCAAGUGCAGUGCCUGUAAUGUCUGGAGAGUCUGCGAGGGCCCCAAGGCAGUAGCAGCUCCUCGGCCUGAUCGAUUGGUCAAUCGCUUGAAGAACAUCACUCUGGAUGAUGCCAGUGCUCCUCGCCUAAUGGUUCUUCGUCAGCCCAGGGGACCAGAUAACUCAAUGGGAUUUGGUGCAGAAAGAAAGAUCCGUCAAGCUGGUGUCAUUGACUAAGCACAUCCACAGAGCACAUCAUUAAUCCACUAUGAUCAAGUUGGGGGGAUUCUGGUGAAGGGUUCUGAAUAUCUCCCUCUUCAUCCCUCCCAAAAUCUGGAAUACUUAUUCUAUUGAGCUAUUACACCAGUUUUAACACCUUCCUCGUGUUAUGUUUAAAAAAAUAAAUAAAUUUAAGAAACCAUUUUAAAAUUA